AUGGGGCUAUCUCUAAUUCCCCAUGUCUCACCUCGUGGCACACGUUGACAAAGCAGAGUAUGCUCCGGAUGAUAAGAAAUCUAGCUGGCACUCUGGGCAUCUUCUUGUUUUGCUACAUGGCAACACUUGAGUAUGAGGUAUAUUUGGACAGAGUUUGCCAAUCUUUGGGCUAUACGCUAUCUUCACAUGUCACCGCUCUUGGCCUUCUGGAUGUAACCCCGCAAUUUUCAUAGAUGUGAUCUGGGGUACAGAUAGGAUCUGCAAUGUGAGAGUCGUAGUCGGGUCAAGGGCGAAACACAGACGAAAAGCCCGAAGCCCUCCACCG